GUGAACGUCUAUCCUAAUCCUGUACAGCUCAGCUGCUGACUUUUAUAUAGCCACAAGCCUUGCCUUACCUGCCACAUUCCCCAUCGCGAAAAGAAAAGAUCCAAGCGCAGCACAGAUUUACAGUUCACAAGCCAAAACGAUCGAUGGGUUCCAGCGACGUCUCAGAGCAGCAGCAGCUGAUGGAGAUCACCAAGGUCGAUCUCCGUGGACUGGAGCCCGGAGGGCCGGGUUGGGGGGAAGCCCGGGACGCGGUGACCGCGUCCAUGGUGGCGCACGGCUUCGUCGUCGUCAGGCACGACGCGCUGGGCCCGGAGCUCCGGCAGGCGCUGUUCGGCCGCGCCAUGCCGGAGAUCUUCACGCUGCCGCUGGAGGCCAAGCAGCGGAACGCCUCCACCCUGGGCCCCUUCAGAGGCUACAUCCACAACAUCCCCGGCAUGAACUGGGAGAGCCUGCGCCUCUCGGACGUCGCCGACGCCGCCCAAGUCCGGGCCUUCGCCGACCUCCUCUGGCCCGAGGGCAACCCAGCCUUCUGCGACACGAUCGCGUCGGCCGCCGAGGGCAUGCUGGAGCUGAAGCGGACAGUGGAGAGGAUGAUCCUGCAGGGCCUGGGCGUGCGGGAGGAGCACAUCGGCGCGCACCUGGACUCGCUGGCGCACGGCGUCCGGCUGUCGCGCUACGGCGUCCCGCCGGACACGGAGAGCAGCAUGUCCAUGCAGCCGCACCGCGACGACAGCAUGAUGACGACGAUCGUGCAGCACGAGGUGGAAGGACUCGAGGUGCAGGCCAAGGACGGGGGCUGGCUCGCCGUGCCGCCUGAGCCGGACACGUUCGCCUUCGUCGCCGGCGAGAUGUUCACCGUCGUGACCAACGGAAGGGUGCCGGCGUGCCUCCACCGUGUCAGGACGCCGAGCAACCGCGAGCGCCUGUCCGUGCUGUUCGGCAGCCGGAAGAAGGAAGGCGCCAUGAUGGGCGCCAUGGAUGAGCUCGUUGACGCAGACCACCCGCUGGCGUACAAUCCCUGCAGGCCGGAGGAGUACAUUCUGUUCCGUCACUCCGAGGAAGGGCGAAAGCACAGCGAUCCAUUGAAAGUUUUCUGUGGUGUCGACAAGAGCGUGUGAGCCCGCAAGCAAGCUCGAUCGAUCACCCGUCCAUUUCAAGAUUGGAUCUGAAUACGGAUUUCAUCAGACUGUGGACUCUGAUCGAAAACAGAGCAGACCUGGAUAAACGGAAUAAUCAGAUAAAUACGUGCACACAUAAUCUGCA